GUUGCGCGGGAAACGUCGCCGCAGACGGACGUCUCGCACGUAUAAAACUCAACGAAAAUCGCUCUAUCGAAACUUUUUACGAUAACACACCCCCAAACUUUAUUUUAUUUGUGAACUGUGAAUAGAGUGAUGUCAGAACUGAUGUGAUAAACGCAAAAUGUCAGGUUGAGAGGGAUUUUGUUUGUUGAAAGUGGAAAUUUAAAAGCUCUCCAAAUGAAGAUGACAGUAAAUCGUAUAAGGGUGGUGGUGCUAGGAAGCCCGCGAAGCGGCAAGUCUGCGGUCGUUGUCCGAUACCUCACGAAACGAUACAUUGGCGAAUAUAGUUCCACUGGCGACUUCCUCUAUCAGCACCGAGUGGCGUUCGACGGCGCUGUCUCCGAGGUUGAAAUACUAGACACUUCUAACUGCGCGAUCCGAGGAUGCUUAGCAGAGCACGUGCGGUGGGGUGACGCGUUCGCUGUGGUCUACUCGGUCUGCGAACGACGGUCAUUCAUAGCGGCGGCUGAACUGCUGUCGCUGCUGGAAAGAACCAGGCUGCCGGGAUGCGCGGCCAUCACACUCUUGGGGAACAAGCGAGACCUCGAACACGCAAGGGAGGUCCACGCAGAAGAGGGCCAAGAGUUGUCGCUGCGGUUCGGGUGCCAGUUCUACGAGGUGUCGGCGGCGGAGUCGUGCGCGGGCGCCGCGCUGGCGUUCCACGCGCUGCUGCGAGAGGCGCGGGCGCUGGCGCUGCUGCUGCCCGCGCCGCGCCGCAAGCUCGCCGCCUACUCCGUCUCCAAGGUCAUCGGCACGAUAUUUGGGAAAAACAGCAAGAGCGUGCGGAAGAAAAGGCCAUCGCUUAGCAUUUAAAUUAUUUUAAUAUACAUUCAUAAGUUGAUAGACUGCUUCGAUUUAAAUUAGUUUAAGUACUGUAAGACAAAUUGGAUUGUAUAACUGCAAAUCAUUACAAUGAGUUUGAUGAACAGGCUAUUACGUUUGUAAAUACAACCUGAUUGUAAAUAAUUAUGUUUACAAUGUACACCUCGCAUUAGGGUACAGCGAAUGUUGGAGCGAUUAAGUUGUAAAUAUAACUGAGCUCAAAAGAUUCGAUCUUUUUGAUAAUUUAUAAGAAAAUAAAUCUUAUUUUUAAAUGA